GCUAAGUCGUACGAGUUACAGGGUUCAUUAAGUUAUCUUUUCCACUUCGUAGAAAUAAUCUUCGGUCUGUUAAAGUGGACAAUAGAAAAGAUCCAUAUCUAUUUCCAUGUCGAUCCAGUUACUACAACUAUGUAGAAAUUAAUAAUCUUCUGUUGCCUACUCUCAACAAUGCUGCAACUACUCGAAGUGAUUGUCACGUGUCCCAACUCCCAACACACGUGUAGUUUCCGAUCCGAUAUGAAUUGCCCUAAAUUGCUUACCUGCAAUGAGAUAAAUUCAUAUUGAAACAACUAUUCCGGUGCUAUGCGCAUUUACUAUUCCAUUUGAACAACAAGUCACAGUUUAUUUCAGCGAAUACAAACGAGCCGAAUCCACAAAAACACGCACAUUCGCAUUUAACUACGCCUGCGUUUUGUCACCCAAGCGACUGUUGGUGCACUGCUAGCUGCUGACCAGCUCGUGGGCGCAAUGUCACAACAUUGCACGCACACUACCAUACCCUCGCUCCGUUCCAAAUCAAAACAAACCUCUCCGCUACACAGAUUUGUUUGCGUGUCAAACUCAAGCAUACAAACUUUUUCCAGCGCGCACGUACGCAGCAACAUUAAAGCAAUAGAGAGAAGAAAAAAACCCCACACUCCCAGCUAUUUACUAAAACCGAAGGAUUGUUGCCAGAUUUUUUGUGCUGGCACCGGACGCUGCUAUUCGACAGUAGUCUUUGCGUCUGUACCUGCAAACAAGUGUACUGAGAUGCGAUUUGUCUGUGCUGUGCAUCGGUGCCUGGCUGGCAGCGUACCGCGGAGAGUGUGAGGUUGGCGCCGUAGGUUGUCGUGAAUGUAGAUCGAUGGCAGAUAUCGCAAGCCACCAGCAAAAGAUGGUGCCGUAACUUUGCAUCAUAAAUCGCUAAGCGCUCGCAGUUUGUCGUGUACCGUAGUAAACAAUACUCCCUUCCCGUAUCAAUACUCCACUCGGAAGCGCUCGCAUAUGGCGUGGUAGUAGUACCUGCUGUUUAGUUACCUAGUCCUUUAAUUGUAUCCUGCCAAGUGUGUCUGUGCGCGUGUGCGUGCGUAUUCAAUAGUUUAAGCUAGCAAACGCGAAAUCAUGGCAGCGCUUCCACCACGCAAAAAUCCAACGCCAACCAAAAUAUCCAAGCAACACCUGACACCGCUGCAAAUACUGCUCCAGAUGGGCUUCCCCAAGCAUAGAGCUGAAAAAGCACUAGCGGCCACCGGCAACCGGGGCGUCCAGCUGGCCUCCGAUUGGCUGCUGGCGCACGUGAACGACCCCUUCCUGGACGAAUGCGCUCCGCGCGAAUACAUCCUGUACGCCUGCCCGACCGGUCCCUUUCUGCAGCAGCUGGAAAACUUCUGGGCCCAGUCGAGGGAGGCGUGCGGCUGGAACGGGGCCCACAACUUUACGCCCCACAUUACGCUGGUGUCGUUCUUCAAAGCGCCGGACGAGUGCGCCCCCCAGCUGUCGAAGGCGCUGAAAGACCUGAUGAACCUGCCCGGCGCCCGGAUCGAUCGGCCGAUCGGGCUGGAGCUGUACACGAGCCCCAACUUUAUGGGCUUUUUCGUCGCGGAAGACGACGCCAACUAUCUGAAGCGGCUGGCCCUGCAAUACGUAAAGGAGGUGUCCCACUCAAUAAUUAGUGACACCUAUGAGCAGCUAGACGCACUGGUAACGUGUUUUCCGUGGUGCGGAGGAGUUACCUCGGCCCGAUGCAUACCGCGUAGCAGUCGAUGUAAGCAGCUCCCCGGUGCCCGACUCCUUGUGCCCUUCCUGACGCUUUCCGUUUUGCGUUUAGUUUUGCCACUUUUAGUUAUACAGUACGUUGUUUUAGUUGCCCAAAUUUCGACCCACCGAUCAUUAGCCACGCGUUUAUUCGCCUCCACACACAUUGCAGCCAUCUCGCUGGAACCGCACGUCAAGUCGCUGCAUCUGACGCUGGCCUACCAGUUCCCGCCGGGUCAGUUUAAUGCGCUGAAAGCGUUGGUGGAAAAUUUGGACGCUUCCUGCACGGACGCCAACUGGGAGCUGCGGCUGUACUCGCGCGAUCCCCGGCUCGUCUCGAAGCAGGUGCACAAGGUGCUGUAUCCGCACACGCCGCGCGAAACGGACGAGCUGGAGCUCCGGAUCGGUGACCACAUCUAUCUCAACCCGGAAGCAAUACAAGCGUCCACCGACGGCUGGGUCGAGGGGAUCUCGUGGCUAACCGGCACUACCGGCUACCUGCCCGAAAACUACACCGAGCGGACGGCGGAAUCGGACGCGUGGACGAUGCACCGUACGGUGCCGCUGUGCGACGCACGGACCGUACCGGCCGACGAAACACUGUCCGACACGGUUGAUGGAGUGCUGCCCGCCAGUGGAUCGCCCAGCCUGGCACCGGAAGCGAACGAUACGGUAUCUGUAGGUCAGAGCGAAACGCAACCGGACGGUGCACCGCAAACGACGGACCGAGCAGCACCUGCACCAGACCAGCAACAAACAGCAACGGGCAGCGGCGGUGGCGAGCAGCAGAACGGUGGCAAAAUGUUCGGUGGCAAUAAAACGCUCGACGACAUUCCGCUGGAAAAGUUGCACGAGCUGGUGAAAAAGCGUACCAACAUGCAGGUGAUCCCGGGAGAUCAGUGCGCCUCACAGUCGCCGUCCGUACCGCGGACGGAAUCGGGCACGCGCAAGGUGUACGUCAUGCGACACGGCGAGCGGAUCGAUUUUACCUUCGGCUCGUGGGUGCCGUACUGCUUCGAUGAGGCCGGCAACUACGUCCGGAAAGAUCUGAACAUGCCCACAUCGUUGCCCACACGUAAACCCAGCCUCUGGCAGAAGGAUUCACCACUGACGAACGUGGGCCGCUAUCAGGCACGGCUGGUGGGCGAAGGGCUGAAGGAUGCGGGGGUACAAAUAGCGCGCGCGUACUGCUCGCCCUCGUUCCGCUGCAUCCAGACGGCCACUUCAGUGCUGGAGGGGCUCGGAUUAAAGGCAACCGUGCCGAUCUGCAUCGAGCCCGGCCUGUUCGAGUGGCUCGCCUGGUACCAGGACGGGCUGCCCGAGUGGCUUACGCCGGACGAGCUGAUUGCGGCCGACUACAACAUCGAUACGGCCUACAAACCGCUCUCUUCGCCGGGCCUGCUGCGGGAACAUUUUCACGAAAAGUUGAACGAGUUUUACUGCCGCAAUUCGAACGCCGCGGAAGAAAUUAUUAAAAGCACGGAAGGAAACGUGCUGAUUGUGGGCCAUGCCACAACGCUCGAUACGUGCACCCGGUUCAUCAUUGGCGAGAAGCUUCGCUCCACCAACGAUAUGGCCCGAAUAAUGCAGAAAGUGUCCUACUGCAGCCUGGCGGUAAUGGAGUCGGACGGCACGACACCGUCCGGUGACAGUGAGCAGGCGGAAAGCACAGUCAAGGGACACUGGAAGCUGGCGGUGCCACCGUGCGAUCCUGUGACGCACACCAACAACAACCGGUUUGACUACAAGAUACUAUUAGAGUAGGCGUAGAAUCGCGCAACCAUGAGGCGGACUAGUUAUUGGGGUUAUUGGGUACAUCAUUGGGACCCUCGUUUCAGCCGUACCAGUGCAUUACCAGGGCACUGGCGACAAUGGAGAAAGUGUUACUGCUCUACGUUAUGCCUGUUAUUUAAAUACACACAUACACACUAGACUAAAACAAAGCUAUACAUAUUAUUAAAAUCAAAUAAUUGUCAGGUGACGCGGUCGAACGGAGGAACUUGUUUAGUUCUACGCCAAUGUAGCGCAUGCGCAUUGUUGCUUUUUAUAUUAUCACCGGAUGCGUAUUACGCCCAAAGUGGCACAUAUUGCAUGCCCCAAAAGGGCAAAGGAACACCCAACUGUUUCGCUUUAAUAGUUAGCGCUUUGUUCUCCGUCUGCCGGUGAAGAGUAGGUUCUUCAUGCUUUCGAAAUGACAAUAAUACAGAAACCAGAGUAUGAUCUCAAUUGCUCACAAUACAGCAAGCACAAGCAAAUCAAGCAUAUAUAUUCCAAUUGGAAAACUGCGCUUUCAACAAGCUUUCGAACCGUUGCGCACUGUCUUUGCGUGGAAGGCAGCUUAACCAUGACGCGUACCACUGCUCUCAUCGCUUUUACAUGCGUUGCACUUGUUGGGGAUGGUUUUAUUUAAAUGAUUAGCGUGUGUUAGCGUUUCUUUAAGCAAAAGUAAAACAAAACUGUGGCUACCGUACAAUAACUUAUUGAAAUAAAAUAUUACAUGUUGUGUCAAGCCAAAAAAGAUAACAAUAUACACAUACACACACCAGAGCUGUCGUAGAAUGAUGUACAUGUAAUAAACCAUACUUUUCUUUUGACCAACUA